AUGGGCGUCCCCUUUUUCGGCGACCGCGGCGCGCUGUACCGCGCGAUGGGCGUCCUCACCGCCGGCUCUCCCUGCGCGCUGGCGCUGGUGCCGCUCGCGUACGUCUGCGCCAUUGCGUCCAUCACCGCGCGCGGCGUGCUGGUGAAGAGCGGCGCCGCGCUCGACGCGCUCGCCGCGUGCGGGACCGUCGCACUCGACAAGACGGGGACGAUCACUGCGGGCGCGCUCACGCUGGCGGAGGGCUUUGCGAUCUCCCUUGGCGGCGGCGGCGGGGCGCGGCGGAUGGCGGGGGUGGACGAUUUAGUGUCGCGCAGCGGCGGCGGCGGCGGCGACGGCGAGUCGUCCGGCCCUGAUGAUGCUGGCGGCGCGGCGGACGCGGCGCCGGGCCCCGGCGCGGCGUUUGAUGAGGUGGCAGUCGCCUGCGCCGUGGCACUGUCGCGGCUGUCCAACCACCCUGUGUCGCGCGCGAUGGUAGAGGCGGCGCCGUCCGCGGACGCGUCCGUCGGCGUCGCGUCGUUCACGCAGGUGCCGGGCUCCGGCGUCGAGGGCGUGUGCACCGUGGCGGGCGGCCCGCCGGUCAUGGUGCGCUUCGGGGCGCUCGACUGGGUCGGAAGCUUCUUCGAGCCGUCAGCGCGGGAGGGCGCAGUCGCCGUUGCGGAGGGGGGCGAGGCGCUUGGCGGGGAGGGCGGCGGGCAGCAGCAGGGCGAGCCUGUUGGCGGCGGCGGCGAGGGCCUGCGGAUUGAGGAGCUGCGGCGGGCGGUGGGCGGCGCCAAGGGGCGCGCGUCCCGCGCGGUCGCGUUUGUGAGCGUCACGCCGCACUCUGAAGACGGCAAGCUGGACGGCUCCGACGACGCCUGGCGGGGGGAGCAGCAGCAGGGGCGGCAGCAAGGGCAGCAGCAGCAGCAGCAGCAGCACCAGCAGCAGCAGCAGCAGCAGCAGCAGCAGCAGAUCGCGAUGCUCUGCUUCGAUGACAUCAUCAUGCCCGGCGUCCCCGCCGCUGUCGGCGCGCUCUCCAGCGGCGCGUGGGUGCGCGGGCGCCGCGCGUCCCCAGCCCCCGAUGCGGCCGGUGCAGCCGGCGCGAGGCGGGCGCCGCGCGGCAGCUCGCGCCACGCGAAGCGUGUGGUCAUGCUGACAGGCGACAACCUCGGCGUUGCCACUGCGGUUGCGGCGGCGGUCGGCAUUGAUGAGUUCCGUGCGGGCCUGCGGCCGGAGGAGAAGCUUGCUUAUGUGCGAGAGGCUGCAGGGGCCGCUGCGGCGGCGGGCGCGCCUGGGGCGUCCGGGGAGCGCCCCGCAGCGGGCCGUGACGGCGGCGACGGCGGCAACCAGGCCAGGAAGGGGCAGAGGCAGGAGCAGCGGCGGCCUGUGGCUGUGGGCGGGGCCGGCGGGGGCCUGGUGAUGGUGGGCGACGGCAUCAACGACGCCCCGGCACUGGCGGCGGCGCAGGUUGGCGUCGCCAUCGCCGCCACCCCCAGCGACAUGGUGGCCGCGGCGGCCGACCUGAUCAUCCUCAACGGCCGCGGCGUUACCAACCUGCCGUGGCUCUUCAGGAUGGCAGACCGCACCCAGGCCGUCCUCAAGCAGAACCUGGUGCUUUCCCUGGUGUCUGUCGCCGUGGCCACGCUGCCGACGCUGGCCGGCCUGUUCCCCCUGUGGCUGGCCGUGACGCUGCACGAGGGCUCCACCCUGCUCGUCGCCCUCAACAGCCUCCGCCUGUUGGUGGACUCCCCACCUCCGCCGCCGCCAAAGCCGAAGCCGGCGCGCCAAGCGCCCGCGGCCGCUGCCGCGGCGGCGCCGGCGGCCGCGCCGGCGGCUGCUGAGGAGGGCGGGCCGCCGCCGGCGGGGGUGGCAGGGAUUCGCAAGGAGGCGUCCCUCGACUCGUCUGAGCCGGAGGGCUGGGACGCCAGCAGCAGCAGCAGCACCAGCAGCACCAGCAGCAACGGCGGCGGCGCCCGCUCCGCGAGCGACGCGGGCGGCAGCGACGCGGGCGGGACCGAGGACGGCGCCGGCGACGGGGCCGGGGAGGGCGCGGGCGCGGCCGCCAAGGUGGCGGCGCGCGGCGGCGUGGUGGGGCACGCGCUGCCAGGAAAGCAAGGGCCGGCCGCGCCCCUGCAGGCGGCGGCCGCGCUGCACGGCAUCGUUGCGCAGCGCCACAAAGACCGCUGGGCGUGCGCGCCGAUCAGCGCCGCGCCCGCGGGCAGGAAGGGCGCCCACUGCUCGCACUGCCGCGCCACGAUGUAG